CAAUAGUCCGAUACACAAUCUUAUCAGAUGAUUUUUCCAUUCUGUUCAGCCGCGUCAGUCCCGCAUACAACUUGACCACCAAUUAUGGCUACAACCGCCUUAGCUUUCUUGACUCCACUUGAUUUCUGAUGUUUGGGAUAAGUGGAGAGAAAGGUCGUAUCUGACUCGAAGCGCCUAUAUAGGUACCGGCUCUGGAUCUUAACUGUCCUCUCACAAAACUACUAUCACCUUCGCUGAACAAGAUAUGACUGACCAAUCUCAUCUUCCUAGUGACGAGGUUCAUGACAGCGCAAGUAGCGGAAAGGGAGUGGUAGAUGCCACCGUCCUUGCCCAUUUUGCCAACGACGACGAUGACUCCUCCAGCAAUCUCAGGCCGCCACCACUGCGCUGGAAGCUCACGGCAGUUCUCCUAGUAACAGCGAUUGGGUUCGGCUCGCAAUGGAGUUCAGGUAUCACCGCUGCUAUGAAGACGACAAUCAAGAAGGAGCUGGAAGUCAACAACAAACAAUUUGCGCUGCUGGAGGCCAGCGAGGAUUUCAUGGUCACAGCACUGAUGCUAGUCAGUGGACUAGUCACAGAUCGCAUUGGCGGUGCAGGUGCUAUGCUUUACGGCAACUUCAUAUACUCUGUCGGCUCGAUCCUUGUAGCAGGUGCGGCGCAAACCCGCUCAUACAAGUUCAUGCUUGCAGGCCGGGUAGUCCGCGCCCUCGGAGACAUCGCUACCCAGGUUGCGCAGUACAAAGUGUUCUCAUCUUGGUUUGCUCCUAGCAAUGGGUUUGCGUCGACCUUAGGCUUUGAGCUGGGUAUAGGCAAGAUCGGCGCAUUUGCAGGCAAGUCAUCUGCUAAUAUUAUUGCAAAGCGAACAGGGAACUUCGCAUGGGUGUUCUGGGUCGCUGUCUUCAUGAACUUGUUUACCAAUGUUAUGACUGGUGUCUUCUAUUGGUUUACGAAGGUUGCAAACCGCAAAUUUCAUGGGGUCACUGACCCCGCCACUGGCGAGCGGCUGGCAGAAAAGUCGAAGAAGUUCGAGCUACACAAGGUGCUAGAGCUACCAUGGACGUACUGGGUCGUCAUGACGUUCUCACUCUUCGAGACAAGUACCGCCAUUGUAUUUCUGCAGAAUGCUACUGAGCUGGCUGAACAGCGCUUCGGAACUGAUUCUAUCGUUGCUGGUUGGUACUCUGCGACACUCCAGUAUGCCGGCUUCUUCGUUGUACCAUUACUUGGAGUCUUCUUGGACCUGUUCGGGCAGCGCAUCUCUGUUUUGGUGUUUUGCGGCAUUGGGAUGUUCAUUUCCAUGCUACUUGUCUGCUUUGCGAACACAAUCAAGGGCACUGCAGCAAGCUUCGGUGUGUUUGCAUUUGCGUACUGCUUCGGCCCUGCUACCAUCAUCGAUAGCAUCCGCACCUCUAUGUUUGAUCCUUCUGUAUUUGGCUCCGCAUAUGCUCUCAAGAUCACCAUGAACAAUGCGAUGAACAUCAUCGUCCGCGUCAUCACAGGCGUUAUUCAGGACCGCGACAACAACUCGUACGAUCGCGUCACCAUUGUGUACGUUAUUCUGGCUGGAGUAUCGGUAGUUGUGUCCCUCGCGCUUUCCAUUUUGUCUUGGAAGUUCAUCGAUCUGCGUCAGCUGCAAUGGUCGCGUAAGCUGCGCGUUGCUCAGCAAAGUACUCUCGUUGAGAGGAAGCUCAUAUUCAGCGGACGAGACAGAAGUCGGAACAGAACGAUCUCGAUGGGAUACUUCGGGGCACUGAUCGUGCUUGUACUAGGUAGUUGGUCUGGAUACUUUUGGGGCAUCGCCACGGGAAACAACGGCUGAUAAAGACAUCGGUACAAAAACGCGAGGUGUAAACAGAAAUGCAGCGGUGUAGAACAUUUUAGAAUCUGAUGUUUAUAAUGCACUCAGUAUAGGCAAAUAAACAAUAUCCAGCGAACGUUGGUGAGCUAGA